AUUCUUAGAGACACACAUCGCUUUACCAUCAGAUACAGCUGGUGCGGUCUUCCCAGCUGGUGCGAUCUUCCCAACUGCGAGCAAUACUGAGUUGCAGGGGCCAGCUGUGCGUCACCAUGAGACACGCCCUCACAAUCGCGUUGCUGCUGAUCCUAGGCGCGUUUCUGCUAGCAGCGCAGCCGUCCGAUGCAAGCCUAGAGUCAGCUUGGCGCCGCAACAGAGCAUGGCGCAACGGCGGCAGAAUCGACCCCCUUCAGGCGCCCGCAGCCGCUAGGGGCAUCGCGGGCAAAUCCCAGGCGGCGGACGCCGCCGGUUCCGCCGUGUACAUCGUGCGCCUGAGCACGGCACCUCCCCUCUCUGAAUACCGCGGCGGAAUCGCGGGGUACCCCGCCACUGCCACGUGGGACGACGGCAGCGACGAGGAGGAGAACGACGACGACCGCGUGCCGGAGAUGCUUCUCAGCGCCGACGCUUCUGGCGUAACAGGCGGCGAAUCCGAUUCAGAGCCCGAGUCCGUCGACUUGGACGACACCAACGUCGAUCACCCCUUCCCCAACGCCACUGCGCCCUCGCCAGCACCAGCCGAUGAGGCGCCUGGAGGCUCUGCGACUGCCAGCGCGCGUGGCGGCGCCAGCGGCAGCGGCAGCGGUGGCUGCCCGCGUCACCGGCUGCGUCUGAGCAUGGACCGCCCCCAGGUGGCAGCGUUCGCGUCUCUGCUGCAGCGGCAGCAGGCGCAGGUGGCAUCUGAGGCGGGCGUGGGCGACGGCGACCUGCUGUACAGCUACAAGCACACGUCCAACGGCUUCGCCGCGCGCCUCACCGCGCGCCAGGCGUGGCGGCUGCAGCGCAAUCCCGCCGUGGCGUCCGUGCGCCGCAGCCGCGUGUUCCAGCGGCAAACCAGCGACUCACCCAAGUUCCUGGGGCUCCCAGGGAAGGUGUGGCCCGCCGUGGGCGGACAGAGCAAGGCGGGCGACGGCACGGUGGUGGGAAUCAUCGACACGGGCAUCUGGCCCGAACACCCCUCUUUCUCCGACAAGGGGUUUAGUUCGAACCUCCCCUCGGGGUGGAAGGGUAAAUGCGAGCAGUCAAGCACGUUCCGGUGCAACAACAAGCUGAUCGGCGCCAAGGCGUUCUACGGCGGGUUUCAGCGGGCCAGCGGCAAGCCCGCGCUGACCAACGACUGGCUCACGCCGAGAGAUGCGGACGGGCAUGGCACGUGGUGCGCGGGCGCGGCGGCGGGGAACCCGGUGGGGCUGCAGGGCGGCGGGCAGGUGAGCGGCAUGGCGCCGGCAGCACGGAUCGCGGCGUACAAGGUGUUCUGGACAGACCGCAGCAGUGGGAACAUGUACGCGGACGAGUCAGACAUCAUCGCAGCCGUCAAUCAGGGCGUGUCGGACGGCGUGGAUGUGCUGUCGCUGUCCCUGGGGGGCUUGGAUCCCAACGACAACUAUUUCAACGACUUGGCUUUCAUGAGGGCCAACGCUGCCGGGGUGUUCGUUGCCUUUGCUGCUGGUAAUGCCGGCGCCCCUGGCCGGUCGCAGGGGGCUGGUUACCGCACAGUGGGGAAUUUCGCCCCCUUCUUCCUGACUGUGGGCGCCAGCACCAUCGCUCGAGGAGCGUCUCUGGCUUCGGCAGCAGCAGCAGCCGGCACUCAGUCGCUCCCCCUCAGCGCCAUUGCCGGUGCUGGCAGCACCAACAACACUGUCAGCUGCAACGGCACUGGUAGAGGCAACAGCACAGGGAACGGGACUCUGCCUGGCGAUGGCAGCGCCAUGCCUGGCAGCAACUUCAGCUCUGCUGACGGCAGCAGCCUCACUUUCACUGCAGACGGCGGCAUCACCUUCACCACCUCCUCCUCCGCCGCCCCUGUGGUUGCCGACUUCUCGUCCCGCGGCCCCCUCCUGCCGCCCUCGGCCACGGCGCAGGCCCCCCAGCCUGGCAAUGCCAUCCUCAAGCCUGACAUCAUCGGCCCGGGCGUGGACCUCCUAGCCGCCGCCCCCGGGAAGAAAAUCGGCGAGACCGGGGGCCUUGCCCGCCUGUCGGGUACCUCCAUGGCCACCCCGCAUUUGGCAGGGCUAGCUGCUUUAAUCAUCCAGAAAUAUCCCAACUGGAGCCCCGCGCAGGUGAUGUCAGCAAUGAUGACAACGGCGCGGGUGACUGACACUGCCAGCAGCCCCAUCAAGAGCUCCACCGGCGGGGAGGCGACCCCCUGGGAGAUGGGGGCAGGCCAUGUGUUUCCCCCGGCCAUGCUGGACCCCGGCCUCACCUAUGACGCCCGCGACAAAGACUACCAGAAUUUCCUGGCCGGGCAGGACCUGACCCGGGCAAAGAGGGAGUUCCCGGGGGUGUCGCUCUCCCCUCUGGCGGUGCGCAAUCUGAACCUCCCCACCAUCACUCUGCCGCGCCUGCAGGGCUCCAUUCAGGUGACUCGCACCGUCACCAACGUGGGAGGGUCCCAGUCCACGUACAGCGUAUCUGGGAAUGCGCCGGCGGGGGUGAAGGUGACUGUGGCGCCUAAGAGCCUCACGGUUGAUGCCGGGCAGAAGGCGAGUUACACGAUGACGUUCACCGUGGAUACACCCAGCAACGACUUCAAGUACGGGUAUAUAGUGUGGGCGGAUAACCAGGGGCACAGCGUUCGAUCCCCCCUCGUGGUGCAGCCCCUUUCGCGCUAAGGGACAGGGUAGGGUGGCUCUUUAGUGGGGUCUAUGAGGGUACGCGGGGUGCAUCUCUGGCUGUAACCAGUGGGCGCAGGAAGCUCGAGGCGCUUUCACGUUGAUUUGGCUGGUGUAUGCAGCCCUGGCUGCAGCUGGUUGAGAGGCCCCCUCUUUCUGGAGGGUAUCAUUGACGGAUCACGUGCUACUCCUCGUGCCACAUGGCAUGGAGGCCGCAUGGCAUGGAGGCCGCAUGGCAUGGAGGCCGCAUGGCAUGGAGGCCGCAUGGCAUGGAGGCCGCAUGGCAUGGUAGGGCACACGGCAUGAGAGUUGAUGUGGCCGCUCGUUGUGCAUAGCGUUAAUUAUUCUGUGUGUGAGAGAGAGCCGGUUAGGGUACUGUACAGGGUGAUGUGGCGUUGACUCCCUGUUUGCGCUCUUGUAUUUAUCCAAC